GUUAGAACAGCUUCUGCAAAGAGCAAGCCGUUGACUACAACGUUACAGAACAAAAGCAAAGGCCCAGUUCAAAAAGAUGGAACAUUAUUCGUGGGCCAGGUCUGAAAAAUAUGUGAAUUUUUCUAGAUCUAUUUGUAGUAGAAGAAAAACAAAUGGAAAGAACACAGAGAGUUCAGGACUAGUAUGUCAAGAAAUCAGAGAAGGGAAGGGACUCCAGGAGAGCUAUUAGAAAAUGGUGGCAAUGAUGAGCAGUUGAAGAAAAUUGUACUUAGAAUUGGGUAGGAACUCUGGGUUCCCAGAGGAGCCAGUUGAUGCUUCAUUCAUUUUUCUGUUUUCUUCCAAAGGAUUGUCCUCUCUAAAUGGCCUCGGGAAACCACAGUACUAUCAUUGAGUUCCUCCUCCUUGGGCUGCCUGUCGGCCAUCACAUGCAAACCCUACUCUUUGUGCUUUUCUUGGUAAUUUACCUCCUGACCCUGUCAGGAAAUCUGUUGAUGAUCAUGGUUAUCAGAGCCAGUUCCCACCUCCACACUCCCAUGUACUUCUUCUUGAGUCACCUUUCCUUCCUGGAUCUCUGUUACUCUUCAGUCACUGUGCCCAAGAUGCUGGAGAACCUCCUUUCUGAGAAGAAAACCAUCUCAGUGGAGAACUGCUUGACCCAGGCCUUCUUUGUGCUUCACUCUGGGGGAACAGAGCUCUGUCUCCUUGCAGUGAUGGCCUAUGAUCGGUAUGCUGCUGUCUGCUACCCUCUGAUAUAUGUUCAAAUGAUGAACAACCAGCUCUGUGUGAGGCUGGUGUGGGCAUCCUGGGUCUUGGCCUUUUUGGAUGCGCUCAUCAACACAGUUCUUGCUAUGAAUUUGGACUUCUGUGAGUCACAAGUCAUCCCCAACUUUAGCUGUGAGAUACCUUCUCUAUUCCCUCUAUCCUGCUCCAAUAGCUCAACUAACUUUUCAGUCCUACUGUGCUCAGCCCUCCUGCAUGCCUUUGGGACCUUCUUCCUGGUUUUCUUCUCUUAUGGCCGCAUUGUCUCCACCAUCUUGAGCAUCACCUCCACCACAGGCAGAAGCAAGGCCUUCUCCACCUGCUCCUCCCACCUUACUGCUGUGAGUUUAUUUUACAGCUCAGGUUUCCUUCGCUAUCUUAUGCCAACUUCAGGUUCCCCAUGGGAACUGAUUUUUUUCUUGCAGUAUGGUGUGGUCACUCCCCUAGUGAAUCCCCUUGUCUACAGCCUAAAGAACAAGGAAGUAAAAGUAGCUCUGAAAAACAUGCUACGGAAAAGUUUACAGCAUCUCAGGUAG